CCGGAGUAGUGUUUGUAGCAAUUCUAGUACCUGGUCCUGCAUCAAAGCUUCAGGACUAUUGAUAUUUAUCUCUGCAUGGAUUCUCUUAUGGCUUUGGUUCUUCCCAGAAACAUGUUACUGGUGGUGGUCCCUAUAUUCUUCUGGCUUUUGUGCAUUGAAAUGGAUUCUUGAACCAGAGCCAUGUGAACCUGGUCCACCUGUACCUCUCAUUGAAGACCUGUUAACAUCACCAGAGUAUGUUCAUUCCGAUACCCCUAUGGUAUGGUUACAGCAUGCAUUAUCCCUGUCAGAUGAAGCCAUUAAAAGAGCUGCAUUGGAAACAACUGGGCAACGAGACAACCCAAUGUGGUCGAUUGUAAAGAAAUACAGAAUAACAGCUUCCAACUUUGGUGCAGUUCUCAGUUCUAAGCAAAGGCGAUUGACAUUGUCACUGAAAAAACGGCUUAUGUCAGCUUACAAGCUAGAGUCCAUCAAGGCUGUUGCAUGGGGUAUCACUCAUGAAGAUGAUGCUUUGAGAAAGUAUGAAAAGGACUUUGAUGCAGCUGUAGAGCAGUCAGGGAUAUGGUUGCAUGAAUCUGGAGUGUUGGGAGCUUCACCUGAUGGCUUAGUUGUUCGACCACCAACAUGCAGUGUAUUUUAUCAAACUCCAGAAGCCAAAGACGCCAUUCCUGAUAUUGUAGAGGUGAAGUGUCUAUAUACAGCAUCGUCUUCAACAGUAGCAGAUGGGGCACAAAAUUUGAAGGAUUUUUUCAUAGAUCUUAAACAAGAUACCCUGUGCCUGAAAACCAGUCACCCAUACAUCAUCAAAUUCAAGGCCAAUUUCACAUAUGUAACAAAACAUGCUGUGACUUAAUUGUGUGGACAAGAGUAGACUGCAUUGUGAUUAGAAUAGUAAAAGACAUUUAAUGGACAGCAAAUGUUUCAAAGCUGAUAGAUUUCUACUUUAACAUUUUCAUUCCAGCACUGAGGCCGUCCUUAAAAAAUUUCUUUUUUGCGGUAACGCGCCUCAUCAUUUUAGGUGCGAGUAGGUAGGUAGGCUUUUUUUUUUUUGAGACAAAAUGUUAGAAAUAAAUUUCUAUAAGAUUAUAUAGAGGUAUUAACUAUGUCUUAGAUUUCACCUUACUAAUCAAACAAGAAAAUGAAAGCAUUCUAAAUUCUUUCAUUGCUCAAAAGUCAGAACACAUCAGUUCUUUUUUAAAAACGGCGUAGGUGCAAUGGAGACUUAAAAAAAUAUCAAUUGAAAAAAAAGGAAAAUGGAUAUGUAAAGAAAAAAAAGAGAAGAUUUUUGAGGCUAUAAAAAAAUUCCAGUAGGGUGGAUUUUGGUGAGUCGGUCGUGUUACCGCAAAAAAACUAUUUUUUAAGGAUGGCCUGAUGGAAAACUGAGUUCUGGUUUGAACUUCUUGACACUUGGUUUUGUACCUCUAGAAUUUUCUAACAAUGGAAAAUGGGUAAUCAUGUUAAACAUGUUGAAUGUUCCUAAGUCUUAUAAAUGUAUGAUAUGAUAUGUCACAAUCCAUCAUAAAACUUCUGGCUUAUAAGACUAUUUUAAAUAGCAAUGAUGAUUAAUAAAAUCUAUGUACUACAUAAAAAAGAAUAUCAAAAUUUAGAAUCAUUUUAUUAAUGAAUUGAAGAUGUUAUUCUCAAAGUGAAAAUGUAACAUUUUUGUCUUUGUUAAUAAAUAAAUUGUUGAAAACAUGAA